AUGUGGGCUGAUCAUGUGGCUCACGUCAAGAUGUGGGAGGCUUCGAAAACCACAAAGUCUUACGCCAUGCCAAGACCUGGAUAUAUCGUACAAGUCGAGGACCUUCAAGCUUGGAAGAUUGCUCACCGCAAGGAGAUCAAGAGUCACUCAGGAUUUUUCUUCGAUCCCAGCGCGAUCAUGGUAUCUGAACGCAUUCUCCCACUACCUCGAAGCAUUCGCGAAGCGCUUGUGUCCGUCUUCUGUCCGUCCGACAUGAAAGCCGACGCUUCAAACAACCCAGCAAACAAGCAUUGCUUGAUACGCCUUUACCUUGGACGCAGACGCAUGAAUCAACGAGUCGAAAACAAAUUCUCUCUGCGAAACUUUGAACUCACGCUCGACAAGAUGGAGAUCUUGGGUGUAGACCCCCAGCAAUAUGUUCAGCCAAUGGCUGAGGCUUUGGCGGUCAUGCACUGGGCUGCUCAGAUUGAUGGUGCAGAUGUCGAAUUCGUUCUUGGCAGUUCUCCCGAGCGUCGCAUAUCUGCUCAAACCCUGGACUCAAUUGACCUUGAAGGGGAUAUCAUCACGACGUGGAAUAUGGAUGAAUCGAAAUCAAGCGGCAUCAACUUUCUCCGACGCAGCGUGAGCAUCUUCCUACUGGAUUUCAAUCAAUGCAGAAGAAUGCCGCCCACUCCCAAGGGCAUUGAUGAUGCUGUCAAAGCAUUCUGGGAAAAUGACCCAUACUAUCCAAGGCCUGGCUACAAGGAGGGAACCCAAGAGUGGAUGCUUUGGGAACAGUUCAAGAGCGACUACUUAGUCAAGAGUUACAAGAUUCUGGAUGACUCUGCUACAAUGCCCGCCGAGUUUCUCCGCAGAGUCGAAGAGCAUGGAAAUUCAGCUGCAAGGCAGCUAUUCAUGGGCGGCCCCCCUCCAAAUUCUGCUACGGCUUCCUCAAGUCCAACUCCUGGUCCUUCAAGCUCUAUGCAAGCUUCACAGAGCCCGAUACCGGGUUCUUCAAGCUCUAUAGCAGACACGAACGAAGGCAACAACGACAAGAAGAAGAAGAAGAAGCAGAGGAAGAAAGUCUUGGAGGAAGAGUUAGGGUUUACUGGUGAGGAAGACCCAGAGCACCCCGAUCCCCUGGGCGAGAUCCUGGAAUGGAUCAACUCGGAAAACAAAAGCAAAAACCUCACGGUCGGCGAGUACGAUUUCGACAGUACCUACUCCAGUGGCGGAUGCCACUGCGAAAGCACGAUGCUCUGCUUGCAGCUCCUCGCCAGAGAACGAGACAACCUCAGUCCGGCUUCGAUCAACAGCGGCAUAGUCCUCCCAGACAAAGAAGUCACGGAUCUAUUCCAAGACGAUAUUGUCAUCAUGCCUUCGAGUAGGCUAUGCUGCCCAUCCUGUAUGCACCUUGUUCAAUAUUUCUACUAUCACCACCGCCGCCGUAACCAGGCCAUCUGGGGAAGCGUUGUCCACAAAGACUGGGUUCCUUGUUCACUGCCACCGUGGAUCCCCAGGAAAGCAGGAGAAUGGAUGCUGGCUCAAGCCAGCAAUUCUCUGAAGCAGCGGCUGGAAGGCAUCAUUGCCGCCAUAGAGGCCUCUAGACCCGACGAUACUGCUACAGCUUUGUAG